AUGGCGGUCGACGGUGGUGGAAGAAAACCAGAUUCACCCCCUGAAACUGAGUUUUCAAGAGCGCCCAAAAACCCACGUAACCACUUUAACACUAUGAACGAGCUCGCCCAUAGUGCUAGAGAGGUGCUAAAUGCCAUGGAAAAUGACGGAAUAGGUGAGAUAUAUAUUAUCAACUUCAUCAAAUCCGUAGAGCAGUAUGCACUGAAAGCCCCAAAGGGGGACAAACCGCAGGCACAGGUCAUGGAAAAGGUGCAACAGGCACUCGACCGACUUGACCAGCGCAUGGAAAUCAUCGAAAAGGCCACAGCGCCAUCAACCCAAACCAGCAAUUCGAACGAUUCGGCGGCCUUCUGGGCGCGGCUCCAGAAAUGGGGCCAGGGGACUGGAUCCGGCCCUCCUCCGUCGCUCCCGAGGACUAGCAGCAAUGGAUCCUCCUCGGUUGGGGUCUCGCCAGCUGAACUCCGAGAAGACCGAGAAAUCAUUGUCAAAAUCCGUGAUAGCGACACACGCGAAUCCCUGCGUCGGCGAACACCAAGGGAGAUCGUCGAGCAGGCCGAGAGGACACGUGAGCAGGCGGCACGGAGGAAGGCCAGUGCUCCCCUUGGUGGUGGCUGCUACUUUGUGGCAGCAAAGGUUCUCCCCUCCGGAGACAUAAAGAUGACGGCGGAUAGCGCUUCGGGUGCGGAGCUGCUACGGAAACAUGCAGACGGCUGGCUGAAAUCGUUCGGCCCGGCGGCUCAUGUUCGGAAGCCGACGUGGGGGGUGGUCGCGCGGGGCAUUGACACGAAGACGAUGCUACGGACGCCGGAGUCAAUGGGGAGUAUGGCGAAGGAGCUUAUCCGGCAGAACAGCCAUUCCUGGGGUGGUUCCCAGGAGACAGAGAUCGAGAUUCUCCAUCUUGGCUGGCUGAUUAAACCGGGUAAGCGCCGGGAGGGUUCAAUCGUUAUUGAAUUCACCAGCCCAGUGGUUGCCAACCAGGCGAUCACACAGGGGACGCUCUGGCAGCACCAGGUGCACCAGACCACCCGUUUCUGCCGAGAAGGCCGUUCGAAAUUAUGCCUCAAGUGUCAAAAACCAGGACACGUGCACUCACAAUGUUUGAACGAGUAUCAGUGCGGCCACUGUGCGAAGCAGCACCCGACCUGGGAGUGCCCUUCUAGGCAUGGUGACACCGCCGAGAUCAAAUGCGCCAACUGUGGCGGGGCCCAUAGGCCGACAAGUGACACCUGCGAGGUGAGGGCGGCAGCGAAGGAGGAGGCGAGAUUGGCAUUGGCCAACAGCCCUCUAUACCAUCGUAUUCCACUCCACUUCCGGCAGAGGGAGGCUGCAAAGAGCAGCAACACUACCUCCCAGUCCCAGUCCCGGGGAACUAACCAGGGACUCGAUACCUCAAUUCACGCACCGCAAAGCGCAGCACAACAAGCGAUAGUAGUGUCGCAACCGAAGACGAUUGUCAAAGCAAGCUUUAAACGAAUCCCAAUUCCCGCGUCAAGUGAGAUCCGGAGAAUGUACGCCAAAGUUGGAACCGAAAAACCUAGACGAAGGGAACCAGCUACCGGUCAUGCAAUGCGAACCAGAUCGAGAACGUCGGAGGACGAUGAUCUGCCAGCCAUACCAGAGGAACAUGCCGAAUCUGCCAUUGUGGCAAGCCAAUCAGCUCGCUCACUCCGGUCCCAGAACCAGGCGCCAGUCGAGUUUAUGACAGACCCAGAGAAGCAGCUACAGGCUAUACACAAGAAAAGGCGGAUGAUAGAACCCGCCGAUGUCAUGGAGGAAGACCAGGAAUGGGAACAGCCAACCAGCGUCGUCACAAGAAUGGUGAGACGCUAUCAAAACGCACAGCUCAGGAUCACCGAGGUCGAGGAUGACCCAGAGGAGGAGUUCCACGAUGCCUCAGAACACAGCGAUGCCGCUGAAGCCGAAACUGACACCCAUACCACUACCUCAUCACAAUGA